AUGUCUCUAACAUCAAUACAUACAAUAGAAUCAAUUCUUUCACAACUAAACAAAGAUGUUCAAGAAUUAGAUAUUCCAACUUUAUAUCAACUUUCCACAACAACAACGACAUCAACCAACACCACCAUCCCUAAAGCAUCACCAUAUAUCACCAAAUUCAAAUUAAUUCAAAUAAAAAACUCAUUAACUAAUUUAAAUAAUCAAUUUCAUGCAAAUUUCACCAGCAGUAAUAAAUAUUAUCAUAAUGUAAAACAAACCCUAGAUAAACUAUACAUUAAUGAAAUCGAUGAGAAGUUGUACAUUGUUGAUAAAUUAAUCAUUCAAUAUGAUCAAGCCAAUUCACCAACCGCUUCAAAUAGUGGCGAUGAUGAUAAUGAUCAACAAAAACAAAAACAAGAAGGAGAACAAAACCUACAACAUGGUGACAGUGGAGUUAUUACCAAUGAUGAAGAAUUAUCAUCUUUACGUCAACGUCUAUUAUCAUCAUCGAAAUUACAUCAAAUAAAUCAAGACAAUAAUAAUGAUGGUGAUACUACCAAAUUGAAUGAAUAUCAUGAAUCAAUUCAAGAUGAUAUAGUCAAUGAAUUGAGUGAAUUAACAUCGACAUUAAAAUCAAAAGCUAUUGAAUUUAGUAGUAAAUUAUUGAAUCAAGAUUCAGAUAUUUUACAACAAACUCAUGAUAAUUUAUCAAUUAAUCGUACAAUGUUUGAUACAUUAAAUAAAAAUUUAAAUGAUUAUUUACUUAAUAAAACUGGCUGGAGUAUAAGUAUUUGGACAUUAAUAAAAUUUGCUGUGGCAUUGAUUGUUAUAUUUGUUGUCAUGUUAUUAUUUAUAAUUAUUGUUCCUAGAAUUCGAUAA